AUGUUGCCGUCAUAUCUCACGACUCUGGCAUUGCUUGCGCAGCUUAGCGUUGCUGUUAACAAUGGGCUCGCUAGAACUCCUCAGAUGGGGUGGGAUAACUGGAACUCUUUCGGCUGCGAUGUUUCAGAGGAACUUCUCCAAGGCACCGCGCGCCUGAUUGUUGAUUACGGAUUGAAAGAUCUUGAAUACCAAUAUGUGAUCCUUGAUGACUGCUGGUCAAACGGUAGAGAUGGCAACGGCUCCCUGGUUCCAAACAGCAAGAAGUUCCCCAACGGAAUGGCUGCUGUGGCCGAAGAUAUGCAUAGCCUCGGACUGAAGUUUGGAAUCUACUCGAGCGCUGGUGUAUACACCUGCGGAGGAUACGCUGGAAGCUUAGGGUACGAGGAGAUCGAUGCACAAAACUGGGCAGACUGGGGGGUUGACUAUCUCAAAUAUGACAACUGCUACAACUCGGGUCAGGCUGGAACUCAGUUGAUCUCCCACGACCGCUAUAAUGUCAUGGCCAAAGCUUUGAAUGCCACAGGGAGGCCCAUACUAUACUCGCUCUGCAACUGGGGUGAGGACUAUCCGUGGAAUUGGGGAUCUACAAUUGCCAACUCUUGGAGAAUAUCUGGCGAUGUUACAGACUUCUAUGAUAGGCCAGAUGAUCGUUGCCCAUGUCCGCUAAUCCUAGGCAAUGACCUGCGAAUUGUCAAGGCACAGGAUCUUGCCAUUAUCUCGAAUCAGGCAGUCAUCGCAGUAAACCAAGAUCCUCUUGGUAGCUCGGCUUCUAGAAGGUGGCAUUACGAGACUGAGGACAUUGACGAGUAUGGCAAAGGAAGCAUUCAGUUAUGGUCAGGGUCCUUAUACUCUACAACGGGUGGGGACUACAACGAUAUACUCGUAGUGUUUCUCAACGGGAACAACUCACCAACAACGAUGAACGCUACUUUGGUGGACAUAUUCACUGAUCUGGGGACUGCCCGUUUAGCAGCUUACGCGGCAAUCUCGUGGGAGGUUAGAGACUUAUGGGGCAGCCGGAUGUCCAAUGAAGAAGCGCAGGCCAUCAUCGACGCAUCCUCGGCCACUGGCAAUUUGACGAGCGGAUACAAUGCAACCACAGUGGGCGAGGGUCGAUAUAAUGCGACCGCAAAGUCUUACGCCCAAGGUUUAGCUGACGCUGACCCCCUGCUUCUGGGCAAUGCCACCACGACAGUCCAGCCAUCUGGCACCGUCACUGCAGACGUGGACAGACAUGGCGUCGCGAUGCUGAGGCUCCGCGCUAUACCGACGGAAGCCACUAUGAAACGGGAAUUGUAA